GACUCGAGCUGGUUCGACAAGCAGGCGCCCGUGAGCGACCUGUCAUACGCCGACAGCACGACGGGACGGCCGUGGGCCGAGUGCGGCCAAUACACAAGCCAGUGGUGGGGCGUCGACCUCGGGAGCGAGGUGUAUGUGCGCUACGUGCGGCUGCAGAACCGCAACGACUGCUGCGCGGAGCGGCUGACGGACGUCGACAUCUAUCUCGGCACGACGGCAGAGACGUACACGGGCAACGCGCUGGUGAAGUCGGACGUGAGCGUGUUGUCGAACGUGAUGUUGGAGGUGGAGAUCAACGCGUUGGGGCGCUACAUCUACCUCAACCGGCCGUCUGCGGCGGGGCUGACGGUGUGCAAGUUCUACGUCUUCGCAGGAAAUCGCAAUGGUCCACCUCCUUCCGCGUCGCCGCGCCCGUGA